AUGGAGGUUGCACGUGAAGUCGCCCGGUAUGCAGCUGAGAUCGAGCAGUUCGACACUCAGGACAGCGAAGAUGCAAUACCGCCUCAAUGUGCGGCGGCAGAAGACUGGCGAAGUGACCAGGUGGGGCAUGGACGGCCCGGCAUGGAUGCCUCAAAUCACCAGCAGUACCAACAGCACGAAGUCACGGUGCAGACAUUGAACCAGCGCAUCGACAAGCUGCAGAAGGAGAUCAUCCAGUGCGACAGGUGUGCCAAGUCCUGGGAGGAGGAGAAAUCCAGAAGGACGAAUUCUGCUCCGACGUCGCCAACUGUUCUCCCUGGUCUGGUCAUCUUCCAGAGGCCACUUCCCAGCAAUCACGACAGAAGAAAAGCCCUUCUGAUCGGCGUGAACUACUCGAACUCCCACGCUCCCCUGAAGGGCUGCGUCAACGAUGUGUGGAACAUGCAGUGUUUGCUGCGGUACACCCUUCGGUACACCCCCGAACAGCUGCAGCUGCUGGUCGACGGCGCAGACGGGCGAUCCAGGCCGGACAGAGCCCCGACGAAGGCCAACAUCUUGGCCGGCCUGCAGUGGUUAGUUGAGGACGUCCGUCCGGGUGACCAUCUGCUGCUGGUCUUCAGCGGCUACGGUGCCCAGCAUCCACGGACACCGGGCUCCAACAAGUGCGAGAGCUACCUGGUGCCCUCGGACUUCGCUGCAGACCUGCCCAGUGACUUCUUUGAGGUGGUUGCCAGUGCCUGCAAGAGCCCAGCCCAGCCAAAUGUCAUAGACCAAACUGCGAAGAUGGCAGCGGGUGCAGCGCCAGGUGGCCCAGAAGAGAUCGAAAGGCAGGCAGCCGCGGCGCAGAAGGCCUUGGGAAACUCCAAAGCCAGCUACCGGCUUAUCUCGAUGCUGGAGGUCCACGACUUCCUGAGCCAGCUGCCCCAGAGGUGCUGUGUGUCUUUGCUCUUGGAUGCCUGCUACACCAUCCUUCCUGGAGCUGGCCCCGAGAGCAACUCCCCUGCGACCUUCCGGAAGGUCGACAGGGGUCGGGUGGAGUACGACAAGCUCCGCGACUUCAUGAGUCGCCCACGCUUUCUGGAAUUGCCACCCUUACCGGUGCAACAUACACCUGCACAUCUGCCUCGCAGCAACAGCUUUCUGCCAUGCACGCUCCAUUGCUUCUCUGGCUGCAGGCUCAAGGAAUGGUGUGCCGAGUUCCCGAUUGAAGGCUCCGUGCAAGGGGCCUUCAGCUGGGCCUUCUUGAAAGCCCUAGCACAAGGACACUUCCACAUCGGCGUGUACCAGUUUCAGCAGCUGGUGAGCAAUAUCCUUCUGAACCUCAAGGGAUACUUUCGGCAUAUCGACCAGCAGCCAGUUCUCCAGCUUUCGGCUGCUGCCAGCCCCCAGGACGUGGUGUUGUGGACAUGA